AGGUCCUUUGAUCCUGAUCAUUAAUUAAUCACAUUAUUAAUUGAUUGACUGGCGGGUGCAUUAGGGAACGGGACUGCGCGGUGCAUGCUGGGAGAAGGGCAGCAUGGGGGCGCGCAGCCGCAGGAAAAUGUUUGCGCGUUCAAGGCAGGAAAAAACAGAAAGUGGCGCAGCGGAGUCUGCGCAGUUCGGCUGUUCUCGUCAGUCCGAAGUUUCGGGAGACGCGCCGAGGAAGGAGGGAGCGAGCAGCGCCAUUUUCCUGACCCUCUUCCAUCCAGAUCAGGACCAGGCGCUCCUUCAGGGCGAGGAAACCGGACUCGGUACCAGAGUCGUACCAGCAGGAACCUCAGAAGAAGAUUUAGAGGAGCGGACGAGGAGGAGGUGGAGCCAUGUCGGCCUCAUGGCGUGAGGACGAUGAAGAGUUUAAGGUGGGAGGAGCAAAAGGAGGGUUGAGAGCCAAACCGAGGUUCUCCUUCAACGAGGUCAAAGUGCUGCUGGAGGCAGUGAAGAGGAACAGAUACAUCAUCCUCAGGAAGUUUAACCAGGGCGUGUCAGCUGAGACCAAGAAACAGACGUGGGCUGAAAUCACGAAUCAGAUCAACGGCCUGGGAGAGAAUCACCGAGAGGUGCGUCAGAUCAUGAAGAAAUGGGCGGACCUCAAAUGUGACGGGAAGCGACGUAUCGCCACCUUCAGGGGCCCGAAUGGCAGCAACCUGAGGAAGAAGAACCUGGGCCCCGUGGAGAAGAUGGUGCAUAAGAUCCUGCGGAUGAGUCCCAGUGGAGACGGUGACAGUGAACAGGAACCUGACGACGACGAGGAAUCGUCAAAGCUUUACCCGAAAGGUCUGACGUCCAGCGCCGCCAAUUACUCCUACCUCGGUUUGACGGACAGCUCCAUCUCGUUACCUGGAGGAGCCUCCUACGACAUGUCUCCUCUCUCCUCACCGGAGAAGGAACUGGGCGGAGAUCCCUUUCAUUCCUCCUCCGACUUUGACUUGGAGCUGGGAGACGAAGGAGAACGAAACAUGGACUUUGAUGAAAAUGACGACUCCCUGUUCUCCUCCGCUCCCGCCUCUCUUCCCCCGCCCUCCUCCGCCGCCGCUCUGGACCCCCUUCCUGACAACGCCCUGCUGAGGGUCAAGCCCGUCCACACCUACUCCCGAAGCAGCCAGAACCACAUCCAGAACCACAACUACUCCAGACCGAUGCCUGGACCCUCUUCUUCCGCAGCCUCCACCUCCUCUGGUUUCCCUUCAGCAUCUGAUUCAAAGGCCGCCGCUGUGUCCACUGCUGCACCUCCUUUGUCGCAGUCCCCUACAAGCUCCAAUAUGACUGCCUCCUCCCUCCCUAGGCCCCCCCCUGCUUCCUCCGCCAAUGACUCUACCUCUGACCGUGCAUCCUCCUCAUCCUCCAUCCUACCACCUUCUGCUCCUCCUCCCGCUCCCUCUGCUGCAGUCUCCUCCUCCUCUGGUGCUUCUGCGACCGCUGCUCCCUCCUCCUUUGUCCACCGCACCUCAGGCUCAAACCCGUGUGACCCUCUGCCGGCUGGAGCGUCCUCUCGCCGGUCCCAGGACACCGUGGGCCAGAUGGCCACUCAGAGCCUGCAGCAGCAGCGAGCCAGCAGGAUGCUGCUGACCUCCAUGUCUCAGUCUAUGGAGAUGCUGGCUCAGUCCGUCCAGCUGCUGGUGGAGAGCCAGCAGGAGUUUGUGCAGGAGUCUCUGCUGCUGCAGAGAGAGACGGUGGACGUCCUGAGGGACUUCUCCAACACUGCGCUGACGAUGCUGAGGGACAAAGGCAGCAGCGGACAUCAGGCGCAGCAGCUUCAUCCCCCUCCUCGCUUCUGAAACACGGAGAGGAACAAACUAUUGACGCUUUCAGGAGCAAACACGAGAAGCGACCGAGCCGAGUGCUGAACAUUGUUCUCUUGUGUUUGCUGCUGGUUGUGAUGAGCAGCUGCUGAAACCCCCGAGUGGUGGACUGGUUGGUGCUGAAACGUGGAGACGCAACUAAUAUCACAUGAAUGGGUGUAAAAUGAAACAUCAUCAUCAAUGUCAUUAUUAUUAUUGUUUGUCUUUACUGAGGGAGGGGUCCUGUGUUUUUGGUGAAUACGGUUAUUUACUGAACAUUCAUUAAUUCACUCAAUUCAGGCGACAAUGAGCAACACGACUUAACGACCAACAUGCAUAUGGCCCAGUGUCAUUGUGCAAUGAGCAGUGACUUCAGAGUUUACAUCUUCACAAAGCACCGGAAGCUUCUGUCAACGAUUCUGGCCAAUCGGGUCGCAGACGUCGGGUUAAUCACUGGUUCGAUGAGUUUAUAGCUGAAGUUUGACUCUAGGAAGAGAAGCGGCGGCGCUACAGGAGCCAACAUGGACCAUUUUCAACUGUAAAGUUUAACGCAGGAAAUUCACUGUAAAAAGGACAAAAUGACACAGAUGAACUGAGAUAAAUCCACCAACUGCUGCUCGAGCGACUUUCAUGGGACCUUUUACAUUUCAGUUUGAUGCAGACACGAAUAAAACAUUUGAUUUAACAGAUAACAAAUCUUUGGUUCAGAGUUCCUGAGCCUAACGACGUCGUUUAGUAGAAACGAGUUUUGGUCGAUGAGCGAUCAGGAAACUCCUCAUUCAGACAAAGUGGUCAGAGACGAUUUAGAAGAACAUAUUUUUUAUUCUUUUUCUGUUGAUGAGCAGAAAACUUGGAAGGAGGAUGAACAUCUGUAAACAUUAUUACUAGUAACAGCUACUAAACGGACAUUUUAAAGCAGGUGUGGUUAAACCCUGCUGCAGGAUGAUGGACCAACGAACGAGGUGGAAACAGGAAUCUUUGGAUUUUAUAACGUAGAUUUAAUGUAGAAUAUGAUGGAGCCACUUCCUGCAGGAAACUGUCCGACCUCUUCCCCUCCUCAAACUUCUGAUUAGUGAGCGUCCGACCAAUACAAAAACAGGUGAACGUGUUUUAAUGAAGUUCUGCUGCUGAAACUUUGACCCUCUUCUUUGCCUCCUGAGCUCAGUCCAGCUGUUUGCACUGAGUCUGCAGACGUCUCUCAGCCGAACUGUAACACGAGGAUGUUUCCUACAAACAGACCCUGACAAUAAAGGUUUUAUUAAAUAAAAA